GAGAUUUCAGUUGUGCUCCACUGUUACUCGCUUAAACAUUCGCAGCAUUUCGCGCUAGCCGUUAUUAAGUUUCACAGAGAAUCUGAGUAGCUCUCCUCUUUAUUUUGCCCCAAGUAUUUCCACAAGUGAGUGCGUGCAAAGAUAGUUUUGGUGUUCCAUCAGAAAGUGCGGACUUCCAAGAAUCGGAGAAAAAACCCAAAUAAAUAAAUAAUUUUAAAAAUACAUCUGUAUGUACAUGAAUGUAUGCAUGUGAAAAUACAACAACAAUAAACCUUGAAAACACUGAAAAUUAAAAAUAUUGAAGCUUUCCUUAAUUUACCGCUGAAUGAAGAUAGAAAAAUGUUGCGCGUACUUUUGUUUGCAGUGCUAAGUGCAUUUCCGGCUAAUACGGCUCUCGGACAAUACUUCGAGACACAGACACGUCGCUGCAUGAAUCCGAACCAACGUUCCGGCGCCUGCGUAUCUAUUUACGAUUGCCAGACAUUGCUGUCGGUGCUGCAACGCGGCUCAAUCCAGCCACUCGACACCGAGUUUCUGCGCGCCUCCGAAUGCCGCGGCGGCUAUGGCAGUGGCCCGUAUGUGUGCUGCACCGGCGAUACUGGUUUCACACGCAACACUUACGACGACUACAAUCGCCAGCAGAGCACCACCCUUCUCUUUCCCGCAGGCCCAAUCGAGGGACGGCAACGGCAAAGACAACGACUAAGCGCAUUUAAUGGAGAAGGGCGUGGAUUUAAUAGCAUCGGCAGUGCGACUGGUGACGGGAACGGUAAACAGCCCAGAGACAUACCAGCUGGUGCACAGGUGUCAGCGUCGGCGACUUUGCCGCGCGUGCCCACCUGUGGCGGUGUGACAAUAUCGAAUAAGAUCUACAGCGGCACAGAUGCGGAUCUGUAUGAGUUCCCAUGGAUGGUGCUGCUCGAGUACAAUCGACGAUCCGGUGGCUUGUCAACCAACUGUGCUGGCUCUCUUAUAAGUAAUCGCUAUGUGUUGACGGCAGCGCAUUGCGUGAAAGGUGAUAUUGAGAAGAAAAUCGGACUCCUCAUCGCCGUUCGCUUAGGUGAAUACGACACCACCAAGGAAGUUGAUUGCAAUGAGUAUUCAUGCACUUCUGCAGCUCUGCGCGUCGGCGUCGAAGAGACCAUUCCACAUGAACAGUAUCGCGACAAUUCGGCAAAUAAGGAGAACGACAUCGCAUUAUUGCGCCUCGAUCAGGAUGUGCGCUUCUCCAACUCCAUACGGCCCAUCUGCUUGCCAUCGGCGGUGAAGCAAGAGCGUUCAGCACCGGCUAGCGGCACCUUGUACACCGUCGCCGGUUGGGGGCGUACGCUUCGCAGCCCAAAGAGUGCCAUCAUACAGAAGUUGCAAGUGCCACUUGUCGAUUUAGCGCAAUGCCAGCAAAAGUACCGCGAACGAAAGGUGAAUGUGGUGGACAGUCACAUCUGCGCGGGCGGCGUUUAUGCCGAAGACAGUUGUGAGGGUGAUUCGGGUGGUCCGCUGAUGCGUUUCCGCAACGAUGCCUGGGUAUUGGAGGGCAUCGUGUCGUUUGGCUUCAAAUGCGGCCUCAGCGGCUGGCCGGCUGUGCAUACGCGUGUUGCGAACUAUGACAACUGGAUACGCAGCAAAGUACGGAAUUAGAGAAAUUAUUAUUCGAUUAAAAUAAGUGUUAAAAGUUAAUGUUUUAGUUCAUAGCAAUUUGAGUUGAAUUGUGAUCUUGCCAUUAGUUUGUAAAUUUGUUCGUAUAAUUUCCAAAGACCCCAUGGACUGCACCAUUUAUUUAUAUAAUCGUACUGCAUUUAUCAUUAUUUUAGUAGUCGAUAACCACUACAUCAUACAAAAUGUAUACGCAAACUUUAAUAAACGUGAAAUAAAAACGAUUCGUGCUAUAUGUGCGCACAUU